AUGUCUGCUCCAGAGCAAGAGCUUAAAAGACUUCUACAUUUCGGUCGUGAAAUCCCAUUUUAUCAACCUGGAGAUAGAGUUAAAAAUGAAGUUUAUCAUUCCUGUGUAUCCAACACAAUUGAAAAUCUACUUGCAGGAGAAAAAAUUGCUGACAUUGCUAAUUGUAUAGUAAAGGCUUACAGUGAUGGAUAUUCAGCUCAUCCUUCUAUGCUUGUAUAUGCUCUUGCAGUUUGUGCAAAACAAAACACAAACCCUCAAUUGAGAGAAGCUGCAUAUAAAGCUCUUAAAACUGUUUGUUCAUCAUCGGAAAAUCUUUUUCUAUUUAUUAAAUUUGCAAAAAAAUUGUCUCAAAAUGAUUCUAUUUGGGGCAGUGGAUUCAAAAAAGUUUGCAAAGAAUGGUAUCUUAAAAAAGAUGUUAAGACUUUAGCUGAAAUAGCUGGAAAAUACAAAAAAUGCAAUGGUUGGCUGCACAAGGACAUUAUCAAAUUGAUACAUUUAAAACCUGAUACACCUGGUAGAGCAGCUAUAAUAAAAUAUUUAUUAUUUGGAAUAAAAGCUGCAAAAAAAGAAUUUGGGGAAAAUUCUGAAGCUCAUGAAAUAUUAAAUUAUUUACAAACUGUCGAAGAUUUAAAACAUUUGACUGAUGAGCAAUUGGCUGCUAGAAGUGUAGAAAUCCAUCAUUUUACAAUCGAUCAUGUUCCCCCUCAUUUACUAAAGUCAAAAGAGGUUUGGGGUGCUUUAAGUGGUAACCUUCCACUGCCUGUACUACUCAAAAAUUUAGAAAGAAUAGGUACUCUGGGAUUUUUAAAACCAAACUCAGUCUUAGUAAAUAAAAUUAUAGAUGCUAUUAAGGAUGAAAAUGCCAUCGCUGAAUCUCAUUUACACCCUGCUCACGUUUUUGUAGCUCUUCAGAAUUAUGAAAUGUCAUUCAAAUUUGUAGUAGAACCUAAAAAAGUUGCAAAAUUGCCCACGAUACCGAAUCCGAAAAUUAUUUGUGCACUCCAUGAACUUUUCGCAUCGACUUGCAAAUUGUUUUUACCUCCUACUGGAUUAAGAUAUUCAGUAGCAAUCGAUUUAAAGAGUUUAAAAACAACCGAUAAAUGUUAUCGUUGCACUCAAGUGACAUCCGCCGAAGCGAGUAUAAUUAUAGCAUUCUGUCUUCUUCAUGCAGAUCGUGAGGUAUCCGUUUCCGUGGCGAACGUCGAAGAAGAACUUUUACCUCUCGAAUUGACAAAAAAUAUGACGAUAUCAAAUGGGAUUGAAAAAUUAAAACAAUCGCGAAUGCAACGUAUGAAAAUAUGUACUCCCGUUGAAUGGGCAUCGAAACAGAAAAAGGAAUAUGACGUUUUCGUUGUAGUGACGGAUACAAAUCACAAAGGUAUAAGCAAUGCCAUUACCGUGCUUCAAAAUUACAGGAAAGAAAUGAAUAUACCAAAUGCUAAGUUAAUAUUAGUAAUGCUCAAGUGUCAUUUCGAACCAUCUUGGAUAAAGGAAAUAAAAGAUCCCGGAGUUUUUGUUAUCGGUGGAUUUGAUGGAAACGUACCCAGAUUAAUCGAAGCAUUUAGCAGGGGAGCAUUUUAA